AUGCUUUCUUCAUUGCUUCUUUCUGUUUUCGUUCUUGUAUCUUUCUAUUUUUAUGCGUUUUUCCUUGCAUCUUUCUGCUUUUUAUACUUCCUUUCUUUGAAUUUUUCUAAUUUUUAUGCUUUCUUCCUUGCAUCUUUUUGCUUUCAUCCAUGCCUCUUUCUACUUUUUUUUAUCUUUUGCUUUUUCCUUUCUUUCUUGCUUUCAGCUUUUUAUGCUUUCUUUCCUCUUUAUUUUUAUGCUUUUUUUUUAUGCUUUCUUUUUUUUUGCUUCUUUCUGCUUUUUUAUGCUUUUUCUUUCCUUUUAUCUUUCUUCUUGUAUCUUUAUGCAUUUUAUGCUUUCUUUCUUUCUUUUGCUUUUUAUUCUUUCUUCCUUGUUUUUAUGCUUUCUUCCUUGCUUCUCUCUGCUUUUUAUGCUUUCUUUCUUGUAUCUUUAUGCAUUUUAUGCUUUCUUUCUUGUAUCUUUCUGCUUUUUAUUCUUUCUUCCUUGUAUCUUUCUGCUUUUUAUGCUUUCUUCCUUGCUUCUCUCUGCUUUUUAUGCUUUCUUUCUUGUAUCUUUCUGCUUUUUACGCUUUCUUCCAUUUAUCUUUUUGUGGACAAAUAUACUUUCAUCUCCUCGAGUCUUACUAACGUAACACGUUUCUCAGUUUCUUCUUCUUUUCUUUUAUGCGCCAUGACCCUUCAGGAAGUAGGCGAUGAUGGCUCUCCACUCCCACCUAUCCCUUGUAGUUCUCAGUAA